AUGUUUUCACGACGCCGGCCGGGAUCCCGAUCCUCUGCCUGUGAGCUCACGCCCAUACGCACUGAACCCAUCGCCCCAUCAGUUACUCCCCAAGCUCCGCAGACUGAACAUGCACUUGGUUUCACCGAUAUAUACGGGUCGUUGUCACCCCGCCAGAUCAGCAUCAUCACUAUCGGAUCGGCCAUUGGAACGGGGUUGAUGGUUGGGACGGGAAGAGCAUUAUCCAUGAGCGGCCCUGCAGCUAUACUACUCUCCUACACCGUGGUUGGGUUCGCUAUGUACCUUGUCCUCUCUGCCUUGGGUGAGGUGGGCUCAUGGUUGCCAAAACCUGUUACUGUGGCAGAUCAAGCUGUCCGGUUUUGUGAUCCUGCACUUGGAUUCAGCUUGGGUUGGAUUUUUUGGCUGAAAUAUGCUAUUGUCACCCCGAACCAGCUUACUGCUGCAGCACUGGUAGUGUCGUAUUGGGUCGAUGCGGAGCGAGUCAAUCCUGGUGCCUGGAUUUCGAUCUUCCUUGCAGUCAUUGUGACUCUCAAUUUCAUCAAUCACCGCCUCCCGAGUAAGAUUGAGUUUUAUGUUUCGUCGUUCAAACUUGUUGUCAUGCUAGGACUCAUGAUAUUGUCCGCCGUCAUCGCGCUAGGAGGAGGACCGGACCAUGACAUGAGAGGGUUUCGAUAUUGGUCGUACCCUGGUGCUUUUGGUGCGAACCAUUCUAACAAUAAUGAAUUAUUGGAGAAAUUCUACAUAACAUGCUCGACAAUGUCAUCAGCCACAUUUGCGUAUAUCGGAAGUGAGCGAGCUGGCAUGGCGCAUUUUCCAAACGUCCGCAAAGCUACCUCGAAGGCUCUCAAGAAUACAUUUUACCGAAUCAUGGUUUUCCAUCUUCUGGCAAUCACUCUUCUUGGGAUGAUUGUCCCUCAGGAUACGAUGUCCGUGGCCUUUAAUAGACACGCCUCUCACGAGGCCGCCGCAUCGGCUUUCGUGGCAGCUCUGUAUCUUGCAGGUAUCUCUGUGCUACCGGACUUGCUCAAUGCCUGCAUAUUGUUGUUUGUCCUAUCGAUCGCAGAUUACGAUCUCUACCUGGCGACUAAGGCCAUGUGCGACCUCGCAGUAAAGCGUCGUGCGCCUGCUUUCCUUUCACGUACAACUAGGAGAGGUGUUCCAGUCUACGCGUUGGCUGUGUGCUCAUCUACAGCAACACUCGCCUAUCUCAACGUCCACCAGGACUCCACGGUUGUCUUCGGGUACUUCGUGGACAUGGUCACAAUGCUCGGGCUGCUUACAUGGUUUUCUAUCCUCGUCACGCACAUCUCUUUCGUUCGAGCGCGAAAGGCCCAAGGCGUUCCCGAUAAGGCUCUGGCUUUCAGAGCUCGUUUCGGUCUCAUCGGAACCUGUUUGGGGCUCCUUCUCUGCCUGUUCAUCUCUGUCACUAUUGUCUUUGAUUCCUUUAGUUUUGACUCGGGCGUUCGGACAUUCAACGUCAAAUCCUUCAUUGCUUCGUAUAUCAGCAUCCCCGUUUAUAUCAUCUUGAUGGUUGGACACAAGCUUGCUGUUCACAGCAAGCAUGUUGACCCCAAGGAGGCUGAUCUGUGGACAGAUAAGAAUGAGCCGGACAAUGAACGAGGGGAAACGGACAUGGCUGAAGCCAACCGGUCGUGA